CCUUAGUAUCUCAGGAAGGGGAACGGAGAGUCUGCCAGGACUUUUGGUACAGCGAACGACUAACUAACGUUACAGAGCAAAAACACUAGUUCUGAAGGACAAUUCAAUCAGCAGAGAUGGCACAGGAGACCAAUCAGAGCCAAGCGCCCAUGCUUUGUGCCACCGGCUGUGGUUUCUUUGGAAACCCCAGGACCAGUGGCAUGUGCUCUGUCUGCUAUAAGGACCACCUGACCAGACAGAACAAUGGAGUGAGCCCCCUGAGUGCAAUGGGUGGCAGUGUGUCCAGUAGCCCCACAAUGGAGACCUCGACCAUCCAGAGAAUUGAGGCCUCCUUGAAUAAUGCUGCUGAAGCUGAGGCCGAAGCUGCCAGUGGGGCAGCAGCUCUUCCUGUUACCCAACAGAUGACUGAGAUGAGCAUUUCCUGUGAAGAGGAAGGAGCGUCGCCUAAAGCAGAGCUUGCAGAACCUGUGGUCACUCAGCCCACCGCCUCAGCUUCCCCUCCCAGUGCUGCCGGCAGUGACGAAUCCAAAUCACCCGACCCCGCCAAACCGAAAAAGAACAGGUGCUUCAUGUGCCGCAAGAAGGUUGGCCUUACAGGUUUUGACUGCCGCUGUGGGAACCUGUUCUGUGGACUCCACCGUUAUUCAGACAAGCACAACUGCCCGUAUGACUACAAAGCCGACGCCGCCGCCAAGAUCCGCAAGGAGAACCCUGUGGUGGUGGCCGACAAGAUCCAGAGAAUAUAAGACCUUCUCUCACUUUGACCUUGAACACUUGGAGUGAAUGGGAGAAAAAAAAGGACUCGCGCUUGACCUGCGUUCUAAAGGACUAGUUUUUUUUUUUUAACAGUAUGGGGGGAAUCCAGUUGUCUGCAAUGCAUGAACGAUCACAUUUUUCUUCUGUUUUCUGUCUGCCUGAGCUUACGAUUUUAGAAAAAAUUAAAGACAAAAGAAGAACAAAAAGAAUCUUGAAAAAAAAAAAAA